GGGAAAAAAAUCCCUCCCCUCUCAGAAAUAUGGUUACCAAACUCCAAACAUUUAAAAACAAACAGGAAAAAUUGAAAUGGAAAAUAUAAAUUAGCUUUGCUUUGAUAAUUUACUAAUAAAGGUCAUGACCUAUUGAUUUUAAGAGACAACUGUGAUCUUUGAAAAUUAAAAUUCCCACUUGUUAAAAAAAUUCAAUGAUUAAAUUACUAAGUACAUAUAGACCUAAUAAAAAUAAAAGCAAACAAAACCCUUAAAUGACUGAGGUUCGGGAUCCAUUUCUGAUUUCACCCAGUUAGUAAUAUUUAACUGAGCACCCACCAAAUAAGAAACUGGAACCCACUCAGAUACAAGAGACGACAAAUUAAGAAUUUGGCAACUUUAUGACCAAAGUUUAACGGCUGAAACUACUGACAAUCCAUCGUAACCUUAACUGUAUGCGUUUGCCUUCAUAUUACCGGAAAGUUAAAGAAUUGUGCAUACGCACCAAAAAACCCCCACUCUACUUGAAAAGCAACACCUAGGCUAGAAGAGAGUCAUCCUCAAUUUCCCGGCUUUCUUUCAAAAUGAAGCCGGGUCAUACCUGGGGUUCCAAGCUGACCUACACCCCAGUGGCCUAGGAACACACUUACUCCCGCCUCCUAACACGGCUCCCUAAAUGUAAUAAGCCAGUACUGCUGUCACUCACGGUGUUUUGCACCGUCAUUGGUCCCAAAGUCUCGCUGGUUGGCAAGUUUCUACCAACUGCCCAGCAGCAGCUGUCAUUAUUUCCGAGAAGUAGGGGUGUACAGGGAAGAGAAGCAAGAGCUCUGAAAUGUCUAGGCCGACGCCCGUACCUGAGAACCUCCGAUCUCCACCGCCGCCGCGACGAAUCGGCCUCUGGGCGGGGGCUUUUAGCCAAAAAGAAAAUGUUCAGCCGGGAACCGGUGCCCAGGCCAUGGAGAAGCCUGUUCGGACUUUGCUUGUUCACGCCCGGUGGAGGUAACGGCGAGCAGAACCCCAGAAACAGCACCGGAUCCCUCCGAACUGAGCGCGCCUCAGGCUGCAGCUGCCGGAGCGGCUGACUCUCCGAGUUUUGACGUUUCCUAUUGUUGCCGGAAGUGACGUCGAGUUCGGAGGCUUCAGGAAGAAGCAUUUUUGUUCCGGUGCUCUACGAUUCGCCACAAGUUCUCGGUUUCUCUCUUUGCAGUGCGAGCCCGUCUGAGCCUAAAAACUGGGCAGACUUUGAAUCUACAGCUUAGGAUCGGACUGGCCCCUGAGAAGGCUCUGGGUAGGGUCAGUCUCCCCCAGGCUCUGGGCAAACGUGCUGUGGAAUCUGCAACGUGGAAUCCAGGGUCUCGGGGGAGCCGGCAGCUUUGAAGAGCCUGCCGCGGUGUGUGGCGGGCUUCCACCCGCUGCUCUGAAUACAAACGGUCGGCGCGAGAGGCGCGUCCGGGAACCGGCGUCGGGAAGCAGAGAUUUGUUGCUGGAGUCUGGGCUCCCGAGGCUCUUCAGUUGCACAUGCUACCACCUCCUCCGUCUGCUGUACGGGGCCGGAGGCCUUCGGAACCUGCUUCUCUGCUUCUUUGAUCGACCGCUGCUGGAGACUUCAUCUUAGAGGAGCUUCAUUCUCAGAGGAUUCAGUACUCAAGGUGAAAAAUUAUCUAAUUUACGAAGCUGGAGCUGAAUUGAAUGUUAAGUAAUGGCAACAGGUGACUUAAAAAGAAGCUUACGGAACCUAGAGCAAGUUCUUCGCUCUCUAAAUUAUCCUAGAGAGGUGGAUUGUGUAGGGUUGGUAAAGGGCGAUAUAGCAGCAUCUUUGCCCAUCAUCAGCUAUUCCCUUACCUCGUAUUCACCUUAUGUAGCAGAACUUCUGGUGGAGUCCAAUGUGGAGCUCAUAGCAAAGAAUGACUUGCGCUUUAUAGAUACUGUCUACAAGCUUCUUCGUGAUCAUUUUAAUUAUAAACCAAUCUUGACAAAAAAGCAGUUUCUCCAGUGUGGAUUUGCUGAAUGGAAAAUCCAAAUUAUUUGUGAUAUUUUAAAUUGUGUGAUGAAAAAGCACAAGGAGUUGAGUGGUCUUGAGAAGACUCCAUCACAACAAAGGAAAAAAAUCAGUUCUAUUAAGUCCGAACCUUGUUCAGGUGCUGAGAAGACAUCUGCAGAACCUGUCGGCAUUGAUGUUACCGGCAGGUUUGUGACUUCAGGAAAGAAGAAAGCUGUGGUGAUCCGCCACCUGUACAGUGAAGAUGGUGUUAACAUUCCUGAAGAUCCAUCAGCAGAUGUUCAUGAAGCAUUUGAUGUCUGUGACUUGAAGACUGCUGACCUCAAGAUUCCUGAAUUACAGGUUCCUGAGAUUAACUGUGAGCAACAAGAUGUAAAAGUCAAUCCUGAGAUUACUGCACUACAGGUGAUGCUUGCCGAAUGCCAAGAAAAGCUUAGGAAACUGACUUGCCUAGAGAAUAGAUUAGACUCUUUGGAAACGAAAAUGAAAGGGAAAGUGAUGGUGAAUGAAAAAACCUGGACCAAUCUUCUAAGUCGUGUCACUCUUCUUGAAACAGAAAUGCUUUUAUCUAAAAAGAAUGACAACUAUAUAGAGUUUAAUGAAAUGAGUGAAGAGUAUGCUUCUAGUAGCGACAUGGAUAGUCUCAAUCCGGAUAGAAAAAGUCAAGAAGAAAGGCAAGCAAAUAUUCCUCUGUCUUCUGGUUAUAGUACAGUAUCAUCAGAUUCAACUCCCAGAACCUCAACUGUUAAUUACUAUGGUUUGAAAGAGAUUUCAGAGGAAACAACAAUCCAGAAAAUGGAAAGGAUGAAAAAAAUGUUUGAAGAAACUGCAGAGUUACUGAAAUGUCCAAAUCACUAAUUAUAGAAUUUUCUACAUGAACUUCUCUAGGACUUUGGCUACUGUACAUAUUGUACAUUUUAAGAGUUCUCUAUGCAAUUUUAAUAUACGGGUGAUAUUUUCAUUAAAAUUUGAAUUCCAUUUGGUAUAUUAGCUUUUUCAUUGGGCAUUGAAUAAAUACUUAAAUAUUUUUAUGCUA